AUGCUGCGUUGGACUCCGCGGCCAGUGCUGCGCGCGGGAUGGCGCGGCGUGCGGCAUGCCGCAUCGAGUCCCCCUUUCCGGCCAUUGCCUGACAUGUCCGUAGCAUGGACUGCUGCGCCUGACGAUAUUGCGGCGGCGCGGCAAAGUGCGCAGGAGCGCAAGAUGCGCUUCCACGAAGCGGACGCUGCUGGACUGGCUGCGCUGCACGCCGAGCUCGCUGCGCUGCGCAAACAGAUACAUGCGCUGGAAGCAGCACAGCGCGAGGCAGGCUCUACCAUUCAAAAAUCCGCGAAGCUCGCACAAUCUGAUCCUGCGUCGCAUGCAGCGCUCGAAGCAGCGCGCGAAGAGGCGCGGCUGCUGCGGACACAACUGCGCGCUGCAUCACGCACGAUAGACGAGCUGCACGCCAGGUCUUUGGCUGUGCGGAGCGCAUGGCCGAACCGGAUCCAUGCGGUGUCCCCGCGCGGCGACGAGCGCUGCAAUACCGUAGUUGGCCUGCACGACGCACGCCCCACAGCGCUGCAGACGCCGCUGGUGGUGCCCUCGCUGCCGUGCACACAAGAAGCACUGGAUACAAAUGAAGCUAUGCAAAAAGCGCUAAAACGCGAUCCUGCGCGCGACCAUUUGGUGUUGGCCGACGCCCUGCGCGACGGUGGCCUCGAUAUCGCGGCAGGGAUCAGCACGACGGGCCCGUCGUGGCCGUACAUGCUCGGCACACUGUCGCUCCUGGAGCAUGCUUUGGCGAACUACGCGCUGUCCAUAGCGAUCAAGCACCACUUCACGCCCGUAUCGGUUCCCGACGUUGUCAAGACGGAGAUUGCAGAGCGGUGUGGCUUUCAGCCGCGCGACGACGCCGCGGCGCAGACGUAUUUUGUGCGUGCGCGGGAAGAAGAGGAGGCCCGCUUGUGCCUUGCUGGGACAGCAGAGAUUCCGCUUGCGGGGCUUGUUGCGAAGCGCACCUUUGCCGCGCGCACGUCUGCAACAUGCGGCGUGGGAGGAAUGGCGCUUCCGGUGCGUCUUGCUGCGCUCAGCCAUGCGUUCCGCGCAGAGGCCGGCGCUCGAGGCGCCGAUACGCGGGGACUUUACCGGCUCCACCAGUUUACCAAAGUCGAGAUGUUUGUCGUGACGGGUGCGGAGGACAGCGAUGCGAUGCUCGAGACAUUGCGCGCGGUGCAGGAGGAGAUUGUGGGAGGUCUUGGCCUGCAAUACCGGGUCCUUGAUAUGGCGACAGAGGAGCUGGGCGCGAGCGCAUACCGCAAAUACGAUAUCGAGGCCUGGAUGCCCGGCCGCGGCGCAUGGGGCGAGAUCAGCUCCGCGUCGAACUGCACGGAUUUCCAGGCACGGCGCUUGGCGAUCAAGUACCGCGCUGCGGGGCUGGGCGACGAGGGAAAGCAGCCCAAGCUCCGGUAUGCUCAUACGCUGAAUGCGACGGCCGCUGCGAUCCCACGGCUGAUUCUCGCGCUGUUGGAGACGUACCCUACUACCGAUGCACUUGCAUUGCCGAGCUCUUUGCGGCCAUUCUGGCUCGGGGACGCGCAUGUGGCAUGGAUGGACCCUGCGGGCAAAAAGGGGGCGCCGCACGCCGCAGACGGCCCGCAGAUUGUACGCCAUGCGCAUCGGCUCCCACGGCGUGGCAUGCACACCGCUGCUCGACGCGGUGCGCCGCGCAGUUUCCCACGCCCCAAGCGCCGCCUGUUCCGCCUCCACACCUCCGCACGCCUCCACAAUACCAAAGAUACCUACCAAGCGCGCCUGCGCGCCGUGGCGACGCGCAUAGGCGCCGAGCCCGGCACGCUUCUCCUUGCGUUUCUCCUCCUGCACGAGUUUACUGCGAUACUUCCCAUCUUUGCCUUUGCCGCCCUCUUUGCCCUUCUCGGCGGCGGCGAUGCACUGCUGCACCUCGUCGAUACAUGCAGCACCGCCUUCGACGCCGAUACAGAGGCACAUCCGCUCCGCCAGAAACUUGCUUCAUGGAGCGCUACGGGCCGCCGAUUUGGUGCACGUCUUGCGCAACGUACUGAUGCGUGGCUCUUUGGCGCAGACGACGCCAAAACACAUCCCACCUCGGCGGUGUGGCUCUCGAGCAUUGCCGCAGCAUACGUCCUUGUAAAGCUGCUGCUCCCUGUGCGCCUUGCGCUCUGCUUUGCGUGGGCUCCUGCCCUCGCCACGCGUUUUCUCCAUCCCCUCUGGCGGCUGGUGCGCCGUACGUAG